UUUCGUCCCUCUCGUUCUCGGUGUUGUUGUUCUCGGUGACGCGACGGAGGUGUAGCCUGACGCGGUCUCUUACGUGUCGGCCUGAAUAAAAGUGGAGCUCCGAGGGCCCGGGAGUGACCGAGGGAGUCUGUUUCGCUAAGUCGAUGACCAUGGAGUCGGGAGCAGAGGUUCAUCAGGGAGGAGACACGGUAGUGUCAGAGACAGACAGCCAACAGAUCUCCCAGGCACAGAUAGCAACCCUGGCACAGCAGGAUUAUGUUUAUGCUUUGCAGGUUUCCAUGGCAGCAGGUCACGCCACAUCCAGCGGUCCUACAGUCACCCUGGUGCAGCUGCCCAAUGGCCAGACGGUCCAGGUUCACGGCGUCAUCCAGGCCGCUCAGCCCUCUGUCAUACAGUCACCACAGGUCCAGACUGUUCAGAUCUCCACCCUAGCAGAGAGUGAAGACUCUCAGGAGUCAGUGGACAGUGUGACUGACUCUCAGAAACGCAGAGAGAUCCUCUCACGACGCCCCUCAUAUAGGAAGAUCCUGAAUGACCUGUCAUCAGGUGACACCCCAGGGGUUCCCAGGAUCGAGGAAGAGAAGUCGGAGGAGGACACAGCGCCCGCCAUCACCACGGUUACCAUGCCCACAUCAUGCCCCAUCUACCAGACCAGCAGUGGCCAGUACAUCGCCAUCACCCAGGGCGGGGCAAUCCAGCUGGCCAAUAACGGAACAGACGGGAUCCAGGGACUGCAGACCCUGACUAUGACCAACGCUGCGGCCGCCCAGCAGGGCACCACCAUCCUGCAGUACGCUCAGACCUCGGACGGCCAGCAGAUCCUGGUGCCAAGCAACCAGGUGGUAGUGCAAGCUGCGUCAGGAGAUGUGCAGGCCUACCAGAUCCGCACGGCCCCCACUAGCACCAUCGCCCCUGGGGUGGUCAUGGCCUCCUCCCCUGCCCUGUCUGGCCAGGGGGGCCCAGAGGUAGAAGUUACCCGCAAGAGAGAGGUCAGACUCAUGAAGAACAGAGAGGCGGCCCGCGAGUGUCGCAGGAAGAAGAAGGAGUAUGUCAAGUGUCUUGAGAACCGCGUGGCCGUGCUGGAAAACCAGAACAAAACCCUCAUAGAGGAACUGAAAGCACUUAAAGACCUGUACUGCCAUAAAUCUGAGUAGCUUCAAAAUAACCCAUCCAACCCAACUGUCACUCCCUAUUCAGCGGGCAUCAGACUGCCCACUGAACUGUACAGAGACUCUGCCAAGCAUUGGCCUACGGGCAUGACCCAUGACAUCUGAAGCAAGAGGAUGUGAGAGAGAAGACAGAAUGAAAAUGGAUUGAUGGACGGGAGAUCAGUGAUGGACAGUGCUUUGUGGGAAUUGUAGUAAACAUGACCACUUUGGCCCAUACGUCCCCAAAUCUCCCAUCCACCAAUCCAUUUUCACCCUGUCUUCUCUCUCACAUCCUCUUGCUUCCACUCCUUCUUCUCCCGCUCACUUGUUAUCCACCUUUUCAUCUUUCUUUGCCUCUCCCAACUUCUCUCAAUAUUAUCCCACCGCGGAACUGAAAGGAUGAGGAUUCAUUCGUCAGUUGUGGUUCCAGGGAUAACGUGGUGAAACAUAACACUAACUCUUUUACACUAUUCAAGCUUCUUGUUUGGGGUUUGAAUACUGGGAAGAGAAGUCACAGACUUCUGACAUAGUCAUUUGUUAUUAACCCAAAGCCUCGUAUGUCUUCACUAACAAUGGUUAGCCAAUCAAACCAUAGGGUUAGUGUCUGAAUGUCCAAUCAGCUCAAGAGGAAGUCAAGACAAGGAAGUCAAGGUAGCCUCCAGAACCCUGGCAUUGGAGUCCAGUUAAGACAUUGUAGAUUUCCCUGGGCCCGGUUUCCCAAAAGCAUCUUAAGGCUAAGUUCAUCGUUAGAACCUUUGUAGGAGCCUCAUUAAAUCUGGUUAUUAACAUUGCACUUGAAAGCGCUCGUAAUCUAACGCAUGCUUCAGACCACUCGUAGAACAGCAGUGCGUCGUCAGAUGCUUUUUUUGCCCUCUGUUAUGUACAGAAGAUCUUCGCUAAACAUCACAUUGUUUGUCCGUCUCUCUGUGUCCGAUGAUAACUUCAGAACGAUGUUGACUACAAAUGCAAAGGUGCCAAUGUCUUUGGAAUUGAUACAAACAAGCAACGUAUAAAAAUAUGCUUCAAAUGAAAACCGAGAUGACUGCAUUAAAAUAUAAACAGUAGGAUGUAGGCCUAUUUCAGUCCUAUUGAAAUACAUACCAUGUUCAAUCAAUUGAGUUCUAUUUUGCUACUUUUAGGCUACUGUUUGUAAUUUGUCUCAAUACAUUUCAUGAUGUGUAGCCUAACGUGCUUAAUGAUGUGCCAAAUCUUUGAUUUAGUGGGUAAGCAUUAGACUAAGGCGCCUCAAUAUUUGCAUCCAUGGGUGGUAAUAUCCAUAGCCGCGGGAAGUAAGGGUGCUGAGGGUGCUGCAUCACCCUCUCAUAAAUCACAAUAAACCAAAUUAGUGCACUAGGCCUUUGAAUAAACCAAAUUGGUGCACUAGGCCUUUAUUACCCCUGUAUGAGCGGGGAAAAAUAC